GCCCCAUUACCUGCUUGAGUGAAACCAGACUAAGAACUCUGUCAUGGCAGCUUUUCUGCUGGGAGCUGUGUUGCUUGUUGUUCAACCUCAGAUAGUGCCUUCCAGACCAACUAUAAAUUCAAAGGCUGAAACUUCUUCUCAGUCUGUUCAGAGGGAGCUUUUAAAGAAAGCAUCUCAAAAAAAUGACUUCAAGGAAAACAUUAAUUCUAAUGGAUCAUGCCGGCAGCUGCCACAGACUAUCAUUAUUGGAGUGAGAAAAGGUGGAACAAGAGCUUUGUUGGAGAUGCUGAGUCUUCAUCCAGAUAUUGCCGCAGCAGAAAGUGAAGUUCAUUUCUUUGACUGGGAAGAUCAUUACAGAAAUGGAUUGGAGUGGUAUAUUAAUCAAAUGCCAUUCUCUUAUCCCCAUCAGAUCACUGUGGAAAAAACUCCAGCAUAUUUCACAUCACCUAAAGUGCCUGAAAGAGUUUAUAACAUGAACCAAUCCAUGAGACUACUCCUUAUUUUAAGGGACCCAAGUGAGAGAGUACUAUCAGAUUACACCCAAGUGUUCUAUAAUCACAUGCAGAAGCACAAGCCGUAUCCAUCCAUUGAACAAUUCCUGAUUAAAGAUGGUGAACUCAAUGUGGACUACAAGGCAAUAAACAGAAGCUUAUACUACGUUCACAUGCAAAACUGGCUGAAAUAUUUUCCUCUUGAUCAUAUUCACAUUGUAGAUGGGGAUAAACUAAUCAAAGACCCCUUCCCAGAAAUAGAGAAGGUAGAGAGAUUUUUGAAGUUAUCACCACAGAUAAAUGCUUCAAACUUCUACUUCAAUAAAACUAAAGGCUUCUACUGCCUAAGGGACAGUGGUAGAGAGCGUUGUUUACAUGAGUCAAAAGGACGAGCACACCCACAAGUAGAUACCCGAUUACUAGAGAAACUGCAUGAAUAUUUCCAUGAACCCAACAAGAAAUUUUUUGAGCUUGUGGGCAGAACAUUUGACUGGCACUCAUUUGUGGCAAGUUAGUGGUAAGCUUCAGAACCUAUGUUCCAGUGUACAUUUAAAGAUUUUAAAAAGGGCAUUUAAGCUAUAUUUAUUUGUAAAAUCCAUAAAUACUUCUGUACAGUAUUAGAUUCAUGAUUGCCAUAUAUACUAGUUAUAUUUUUCUACUUGUAAAAUUUGAAAGCAUUUUGUAUUGUUUUUCAUGGUUGUUAACAUUGUGUAUGGUGUGUCUAUAUGAAGAAAGUAAAUUAUUUCACUGCAGAA